CUGCCAUGCUGGAAUAGAACUCCCCCCACCCCCCAAUCCCCUCACCGCCCGGCUCGUGAUUUGAGGAAAUGUCGCGCCGCGCGCGGCUCCCGUUCGGCAGCAAGAGGAGCAUCUCCACGGAGGUUCCCGCGGGGGUCGGCGGCCCCUCCACGCACUCGCCGAGGCCCAAAGGCGCCCCCGGCCCCGCGGGGCCCCUCGCCAGCAUCAUCAGCAGCAGCAGCAGCGGCGGCAGCAGCGGAGGCGGCGGCGGCGGCAGCAACGCGAACGGGGUUCGCGCCGGGCGCCAAUCGCGGAGCGGUAGCGCCAAGGAGGCGUUUGACCUCUCAUUCAAGGUGAUGGUGAUCGGAGACUCCGGCGUGGGCAAGACCUGUCUGCUCAUGCGCUUUAAAGACGGUGCCUUCCUGUCCGGCAGCUACAUCGCCACAGUCGGCAUCGACUUCAAGAACAAGGUCGUGACCAUCGAUGACAUCAAGGUGAAACUCCAGAUCUGGGACACCGCCGGCCAAGAGAGAUUCCGCAGUGUAACGCACGCGUACUACCGUGACGCCGACGCCCUGCUCCUGUGCUACGACGUGUCCAACAGGGCGUCGUUUGAGAACGUGCGGUCUUGGCUGACGGAGGUACAGAAUUUUGCAGACAGCAACGUGGUCCUGAUGCUCAUCGGCAACAAGGCUGACCUGGGCGGGCAACGCGUGGUUCGCCUGGAGGAUGGGGAGAGGCUCGCCAAGGAAUGCAAGGUGCCGUUCAUGGAGACGAGCGCACGGAGCGGCCUCAACGUGGAGCUGGCAUUCAUGGCCCUGGCCAAGGCCUUGAAGCAGCGUGAACUGGGGAAGCCGGACGAGCCCAAAUUCCAGCUCAAGGAGUACGUGGAGGCAGCACAGCACAAGUCCAGCUGCUGCCUGACGUCCUGAGCAGUGCACACCAUGCACAGUACACACCACACCAUGCACACCAUGAACAGUACACACCACACCAUGCACACCACACCAUGCACACCAUGAACAGUACACACCACACCAUGCACACCACACCAUACACAACACACUAUGCACACCACACCAAGCACACCAUGCCAUGGACACCACACCAAGCACACCACGCCAUGCACACCACACCAAGCACCCCACACCGUGCACAUCACCAAAGACACCACAUAACAGCAUGCAACAUCAAGCACACCACACCAUACACACCACACUACAACUUGCACACCACACUGUGCACACCACACUGUGCACACCACACUGUGCACACCACACCGUGCACACCAUCCCUAGCACACCACAUACAGCAUAUGACAUCAAGCACAGCACAACAACCAUGCACACCACACCGUGCACACUACACCAAGUACACCACAGACAGCAGACUACAUCAAGAGCAGCCCACCACCCCAUGUGCGACCACGCAGUGCACGCCGCUCCACGCGCCGUGAACGUUCUGUGCAACCGGCACACGCACUGCACACUCGCCGAGCGCCUUCCUCGCCGAGCGUUUACCGCGGUCGCCCGCCGGGUUGACCGAGCCGCGUCUCGCCACGUCCCUGCGCCCCGCGCCGCUCCCCGCUCCGUGCCGCCUUGCGCCCAGUGCCACGUGCCAAGCCCGGCUAUGGCCCGCGCCACACUGAGCAAAGUGCCACACUCCCUCAGCGCCGCACGCCCUCAGCGCCACAUGCCACGCUGAGCUCCGUGCCACGCUGAGCUGCGUGCCACCAUGCCCUCAGCGCCACAUGCCACGCUGAGCUCCGUGCCACGCUGAGCUGCGUGCCACCAUGCCCUCAGUGCCACAUGCCAUGCUGAGCUCCGUGCCACGCUGAGCUGCGUGCCACCAUGCCCUCAGCGCCACAUGCCACGCUGAGCUCCGUGCCACGCUGAGCUGCGUGCCACCAUGCCCUCAGUGCCACAUGCCAUGCUGAGCUCCGUGCCACGCUGAGCUGCGUGCCACCAUGCCCUCAGCGCCACAUGCCAUGCUGAGCUCCGUGCCACGCUGAGCUGCGUGCCACCAUGCCCUCAGCGCCACAUGCCAUGCUGAGCUCCGUGCCACGCUGAGCUGUGUGCCACCAUGCCCUCAGUGCCACAUGCCACGCUGAACUCCGUGCCACGCACCACGCUGAGCUCCGUGCCACACGCCCUCACGUGCCACACGCCCUCACGUGCCACACGCCCUCACGUGCCACAUGCCCUCAGUGCCGUGCCAGGCUUCGUGCCAGGGCGCCGGAGUGUCCGCCACGCUCUUUCGGCUCGUGCCGCUUGGGCCGUUGGACGUGGCGCAGCAUCGGAGGCUCGCAGCGCCAGCUCUCGCUGAUGUCCGUGCAGGCGGGAACUCGCAGCAUCCGGUACGGUGGGCGAGCCCGGAGCCCUCCUCGUCAUACCCGUGCGUAUGUACAACCCGCCCGCCCGCUCGUGUGUACGAUGCCCACGGUGCCACCUUAGCUCUUGACGACAUUUGCGCGUGGGACGGUGCGGACCGUUGACUUGACGUUUUAUUUAUUUUUUUGGCCACGUGCGUCCUUCCACCCUGCCGCCUUGAGUCUCUGUCUUGCCCUCGUGCCGCCGUGGCCUCCUCGGCCUUCGCGAGUGGAUUUCCAACCCUAAGCAGUUCCUCGAGCUGCUGCUGGGGGCUGCUGCGCCGGCUCAGCGAGACAAACAAAAGAUAACUGGCAGCUCGGCCGCUUCACUCGAAACAAGCAUCACAGCUGUGUGAGUGCAAAUCAAAAACGAGCAAAUGUGAAGUCAAAUACAUUUCACAUGGCCGGUUUGCGGUCCAUGUUAUUUUGAAGUAUGGUUCGAGGCGCGCCAGCCAAUUGCUUGCUUUAAUACUUGAACGUGUGAGUACUGUACCUGCUUCGGCAUUCCUGAAAGGUGGUGUUCCUCAGUGGCUACUGACGUUUCGGCUCACCUGGUGGUAUUCUCGUGAUUUACAUUAUUAGCUUAGUGGCAGCCGAGAGAGGGAACACGCCUGUGAGGGCAUCCACUUACCUUGUGUGUGGGUAUCAACGUGAAUUCGCAGGUUCAUUAGAGAUGUAUGUAUGUUGAACUUCUUUCGCACCAUACGUAGCAACCGUGCUGAUCGGAGGUGCGGGGGAAGGACAACAAACCACAAAAAGUUUGAAGGAAAAUUAGUUUUUGAUCUCGAUUUACAAGUGCAUAGCUCCAGUGGUUUCCCAAUAUCGAAGGGAAGAGCGUUCCAGACGGUCGCAGAAGCGCAUCUGAAAGCGUGCGAUGCAGUGACCCUCUUUGUUUGAUGACGAAGCCAAAAGCCGCUACGAGGAUAACGGCUUGGGGGAGGCCUUCAUCAGGCAGUGGAUUGGCCAUGGCUGUGAUGAUGAUGAUGAGAUCAGACGGCCAGUGGAGCCAGUGGUAUCAGAGGGCGGCGUGGUCAGCUCCCCCCCCUGCCCCCCCUCCCCCCCCCCCCCCCCGUGAGCACAGGCGCUCUGCGCGCGACGGCGCCCAAGCCGACCGAGACUGCCGAAACCACUUGGGAGAGGAAGCCGACUGAGGAGUUGGAUGAAGGUGUCUGUGACCGAGUGAGUUGUCGGAGAAGGGAGGGUUCCGGAAACGAGUUGGGAUAAUGGAGCCGUGAAAGCUUUGGGAAGGAACCGGGUGAUGGAGCAGUGAAGGAUGUGGGGGAAGAAUUAGUGAGGGAUCUGGGAUGGAUCAGUAAGGGAUCUCAGAUGGAUCGGUGAGAGAUCUGGGUGAUGGAGCAGUGUUCGAUCUGGGAUGGAACCGGGUGAUGGAGCAGUGAGGGAUGUGUGGGAAGAAUUAGUGAGGGAUUUGGGAUGGAUCGGUAAGGGAUCUCAGAUGGAUUGGUGAGAGAUCUUGGUUAUGGAGCAGUGUUCGAUCUGGGAUGGAACCGGGUGAUGGAGCAGUGGAUGAUCUGCAAUGGAUGAGUGAGGGAUCUAGGAUGGAUCUGGGUGAUGGAGGCGAGCGACGGACCUGCGUAGCUACUUCGUCUCGAAUGGUAUGGCCCGUGCAUUAAUUCGCAUCGGCAAGGGACCUCCUUGACGAGUCUGAUGGAACUGUACAAAGUCGGGUCGUGACCCCUCCCAGGAGGGGUCGCACCCUCUGCGAGGGAGGCCGUCGGUGGCUCUGGCUCGAGCGAUGAGCGGUGGGUGGCGGCCCUGCUGCUGCUGCUGUUUGUGGUGAGCACUGUGCUUUUGUGACGCUUCGGGUCACCAUCUCAUUUCACUCUGGCUUCAUCUGCCAUGGGGAAACUGCUACCACUGUUUUGAAAUGGCGCGGCGGUCUAAGCUCGGCGAUUCUCACAGCGACUGCCAGCGCCUUUGGCACGGAGGUGGCGGCAAUUAAAGUCGUAUGGCCACC